GUUGGUUCCAGCUGAGAUGGGCUGUAUAUUUUUGAAACGCACGAGGUUGUCCAGUUUCACAGCCAAUUUUUCGUGUCACUUUCGCGUCUAACGACAACGCGUGAGUCGCGAUCUCGAAACUUUGUUGAUUCCUCCACCAGACCACCUCACGUCAAAACUUGUUCUGCUGAGCAACACAACAAUUGCUCUUUUCUUUAGACAAACGACAUAUAUUACCAACGGGUAUGAUAUUCAUUGCCCAGUUAUAAACUAAUUAUGCCAUCCUCUUAAUUCCGUCACAAUGAGAACAAGAUCCCAACAACCCGCUGGAAGCUCUGGCACCAACCAGGAGACAUGCAAACCCGCUCUUCCAGCACCCUCAAAACCUACGAAAACCCUCAUUCUACCAUGUAAUGCGACUGACGAUGCUCGGUUCAUUUUACUGGAGAACCCUCGAAGCGGCGCCCUUGGUCGGUAUUAUUUCUGUCCCAAACUGGGCCUGUACGAGUUUACCGCAAUAUCCUCGUCUGCUGUUCCAAGGAGCAUUCUAUUCACACCGACGGCAAAAUGCACCACAAGUUCGGCAACUGAUAAACAAGAAAUUAAUGCACGAAAUACAUCUAGUGAUAUAGCGGCCGAUGAUGUUAGUGCAGAAAAAAACGAGAUCAUUCAGCAAGUAGUUGAAAACCAAGCACUAGCUAAAGCGACGAUUGCUAAAGAGGCGCAAUUGCUGGUGGCAACACCUGUGGACAUACUGUUUUUCCUCUUGCCCAUAUUAGUGCCAGCUCGUGGUAAUUCCGCUUCCCGGAAACACUUCCAGCCACUUGAUGAUAUGAUCGAUUCCCAAGAUACGCUCUCAGCAACCCUGAAACACGUCUUCUCAGUCGCAACGUUCAGAGAAAGGGUGGAAGCGAGAAUGAUAGCUGUGUGCGACACUGUCGAGGCUGGAGAGACAAUGUACAGGCUCAAUGAGGAUAAAUUACUCAAGGAAUUAAUUUCCAAGGCUGAGAGGAUGGCCGCAGGUGGACUUCCCCCGAGCCUGGAAGAACGGUUUAUCCAUAGGGCAUUAGAACUCCCAGUUCUCAGCGUGAAAAGGCAUGAUCUUCCAACAACUUCGACGUCAUCAAAUCCAUCUGACGUGGCUGAUGAUACGAAUAAUACCGUUGAGAAUUCGCCAGAUAAGCCCGAGUCGCAGUCGUCGGCUUCUUUUGCUGCGUCUGUCGUUUCGACGCCAAACACUAUAAUCACACCACCCAUAGACAACUCUCCGUCCAAUUGUGACGUUCAUCACUUACUCCGCGUCCGAACAUCAAUAUCCUUUCUACAAUCCUCCUAUCUACCCAAACACCUAUCAUCGCGAAUUGAAACCCUUCUCAGCAGUCCCGAAACGAGCCCCAAAGAUUUUUCUCCCCUUACCCAGCACCUAAAGCUUGUCGCAGAAUUGCGCGCCAAAGCACUAGCAUCCCGUUCAAUGAGUGAUUUUUCUCGGAAACGGGGGACUGAGGAUGACGAGGAAGUGGAUAUCAGGGCGGAGAAGAAGCGCAAGGAGGAGCAAGAAAAGAAGAAGAGGAUGGGCGAGUCGAGGGCGGUGAGGGAUCUGAAAAAGGUGAAUGUCUCCGGGAUGAAGAAGCUGAGUUCCUUUUUCCAGAAGAAGACAUAAAUACCUGGGUAGACGCAAUGAGAAUUCCAGGUUUGCAAUUGGGAGGGCCUGCAUACAUAAGCAUGUCAGACAUAACUAUCUAGCUCAUGGGAGUUGCGUGGUUACAGCGCAACACAUUAGAGUUGGUUCACCGUUUAAACAUGCCAAUCAUUCCGGCUUUCCCCAUGCAUGGACCCGCUCGAAAUUCCCGGAACGUUAUGUCGAGAACCUAAACGGCCAUUUAAUUUUUCUAGAUGGAUCUCGGUUAUCCUUCUAUGGCCGGAUUCGAGAUGGUGGCCUCUUGCACUUCCCCUGAAAACCUCCAGCGUCGACGCUAACGAUACAACUAGCAAAUCCAUAUGGUUAUUCAAGAUUUUGCUAAGGUCACCCUCGCCCUAGUCUACCAGGGGCCUGCCUGACUUCCUGCGGCAUCCAUCGAGACAGACAUUUUAUCACUACCUACGGCUUGACAUAAGACACACGAUUACUAAUUAGGGACGAUUUGGUGGCCACUACUUAUGUCGACACUCAAGACCCUUGCCGACUCAAUUGUCGAUAACCAUCCGCUCUACGAACGGCCUUGGUACAUUAGCUGCAGCCGUAUCACAUCCGAUACAAUUAUCUGCUCAAUAUAUUAUAUGUAUUAGUUAUAUAGAUGAUAGCUACCACCCGUGAUAUAUAUUGGCUUGUACCGUCUGCAGAAGAUGUAGACCAAAUAUAUCAGCCCAGGUCUCGCUCGAAACCGUCGUGAACCAUGAUAUAAUACUUUCCAUAAGCAAGUCAUCGGCUAAAAUGUUGUCUUCGAUGACUUCCGUGACCACACAGCGUCUAAGCCCAGUCAAUAGCACACAUCGAAUCAUUUAAUUUAAAGAGGUUUCAGUAUUUAAAGACUCAUUGCCAGCUCCUCGCAUGUAGAAGCAAAAUAUUUCUAUACACUCUCCGAGAUUGCGGCCCCAGAAAUCCUAAUUCCAGGAAAGAAAAAGAGGGCAUUAGCAGACUAUUCAAAUAAAAGCCAAGGGGACAAGAACACUUACAAAAAAGUGCCGUUGGAAGGUUUGCUAAUAACCAUAGCCACUUCCAACUUCUCCGGAGUGAUAUCCGGAAACUUCUUAUAAUAGUACUCCUUCUUUAAUGCCUCCGUCACGUCGGCAACCUUAUCCUGCGGGACCAUAUGCACUGUACAUCCACCCCAACCGGCGCCUGUCACCCGGCUUCCUAGAGCACCAGCCCGAAGCGCAAUUUCACAAAUAUCAUCCACCUCGGGGCAAGUGCAAUCGUACAGGUAUCGGCAAGAUGCCAUUGACUCGUUCAGCAACUGGCCUAGGUACUUCACAUUAUGCUCAUCCAGAUGGCCCUGGUGCUGAGAGCGAGUGAGGCAUGAUUUGAAGUCCAGGACACGUCUUGCUUCUUUAAAGCAGUGUAGCGCACGUUGACGCAGGAGAAAGCGUUCCGCUUGCACGGGGAACAUAGAGAGGAAUUGCUUCUCGAGGUCGGGAACAGAUAUGCCUAACAAAGCAGCGACAUCCUCGCGCGUAUAGCCUUCUUCCUUGGUCAGCAAAUCUGUGACUGCCAUGAUGACGGAGUCGAGUUGGUAUUCCAGCGGGUCUUGAAGACGGCCUUCCUUGCGCAUGAGUUCCUCGUGGAAGCUACGCAGGCUGUAGCCUAGUGAGCUGGAAUCUUUAGGGAGGGCGAGGUUGUGCAUCCUGGCAAGAACGACCGUGGCUAGAGUACAUUCUGCGACACGCAAGUUGUAGUGUCGAGGUGCUGUUUCGGCUUUGUUGGAUGUGACAAAGCUCUGAGCCAUGAGGAAUGUUAUUUCUGGCUCCGCUUUGGGGAUGGGGACGUGUUGGAUAUGGAAGGAGGGGAAGAAGCGGACGUAGAGGAGAUAGCCGCGGCGGGAAAAUAUGGAUGCCGCUUGGUCCAUUCUGCGAUUAUGGUCAGAUAUGAGCUACCUGGUUUGAUGCGCGACAAACUUACCCUCCAGAAUAUACUCCAACGGCACGCUCUGAAACAAUAGCUAUAUCCUGCAGCUCCUGCUUCGAGAUAUCGUAACCAUUUGCCUUUACUCCGGCCAGUGCACUUGAACAGACGAAUGCCGCGCUGCUAGAUAUUCCUCCGCCAGGGGGUACAUUGCCAUCCACCAUCACCUCAAAACUAACGGGAGCAAAGUCCCCAUCUUGAUUCUUCUCUCUUAAGAGUUUCAAUGCCACCCGCAGCCCAGCUUUGAAAUAGUUUAUCCACUCAUGUUUGGCGCUGUCUAUUUCCAGAUCUCUAUCCCUAGGGAUAGAGAAUUGACCCGGAGGGAACUUGGUAUCGUUGGUGUUGGCCACUUUCGCCCAAGAUUCCUGCGUUGUCUCUGCCGGGUGAAUCUUGACACCAAUCAAGACAUCGACACUGACGGCGGUUGGUAAGACAUCGUAGAGGGAGUAGUCGAUAUGCUCGCCAAUGAUGUUGACUCUGCCAGGGCUCCGCGCGACGAAGUCCGGUGACGCACCGUAGAGGCUCUUGAAUUGGGCAAUGAAAUUGCUCCAGCGGAGUUUCUGGUCGGAAGAUAUGCUGACUCCGCCAGCUGGGUCGGUCGAGUAAACGUCUGCGAUAGAUUCUGUUUGCGGGACAAGCUCAUCGGGAGGAUUCAUUGCGACAUUCGGCGCAGUUGUCGAGCGGGGCAGCUUCAAGAUCCACCACGUGCAACUCGAGCACACCCUGGUGGGUGCUUUUCUUAACUAUAGCUAAAAACGUUAAAAGACAACUGGCAAUACUAAAUCAGUAAAUGGCCGAAAUACCAAAGAGUUAGAUCGAUUUGUUCUAACUAUCUGACUCGCGUAUAUGGUAAGAUGACGGAAUUGAUCCAUGGACAGACCACCAGCGCUAAAUGGGCAUUGAAGGUUGCAUCGUGAGGUCACACCUUCCUAAAAGAAGACAAGCACGUGAUCGACAUCGCGGGCCACGGCUUGCCCAAAGUGUGCAGAAGAAGCGAGCGACGACCGACGCUUGUUUUUGGAUUUGCGUAUGGGUAGGGUAGUACAAUCUGGCUGAAAUAGAAUUUAAUCCAAAAAUCUGGAAAAUGGAAAAAACCAGAGAAAAAAAAAAAGAAAGACAAAGAAAAGGAGGAAGAAAGAACACAUCAGAAAAGGCCCGAGAAAAGUUUCCCGAAAAUUGUCUUUCCGAAAAAAAAAAAUAAUAAUAAUAAUAA